CUAAAGAGUAGACGAAGUCACACGCCGCAGCCAUGAAGGUGGGGUGCGUGUUCCUGCUCCUGUGUUUUCUUAGCUCCACCACUGCCACCUGGCUCUUCCCGGGCCAGAACCGCCCAUCACAGCCUACCGAAGUCGAUAACACCCCAGCUAGCAGCAUUCAUGACGCGCUGAUACGAAAUGAAAGGUUUGACGUCGACAGCAGCAGAUUGAUCUCGGCGUACGGACCGAGAAACUAUGACGCCAGCGGUCUCCAUCUCCCUGGCACGAUAGAGGGCAGUAGAGGCAUCGAUGACCACCUUUUCCUAGUGAAUAACCGACGUCGCUAUGGUUUCAAAAUACCAAGGAGUCUUGAUACCCCGAUCUACGGCCUCCGAGCUCCCCCGAUUUCCUCUCCGAUUGCUACCGCCAGCAGUUCAGCCUACGAGAAGAACUACAACCGGCCUCUACCAUCACCGAGCUUGAACACGCCCACCACAACGCUGGCCCAGCUCAAUCGCGUGCACGGCUAUCACGCACCUUCCCAGUACAUCCAAAUUCAACCUGAGCACUCUCCUAACUACGAGUAUGAGGCGGCCCAGUCCAUUUACUCACCUCAUUCAUUCCGACCGAGCCCACACAUGCAGUCGGACAGUGCUUUUAAACCCAGUACAUAUUUCAUCCAAGAAUACGGGUCACCUAACGCCUACCCUACUGCCGCUCCGAUCUACAAGGAGUCUACGAUUCCUCCGUACAAGCACAGGAAAAUAACGACAACCUAUAAACCAUUCACUUACCCGACUGUUGAGUCCUAUAAAGUGACAACUCAAAAGCCCUAUAAACCUGCGCCAGUUCCACAGUAUAAACCCCCGACAUAUUCCACUUAUAAGAGAGCUACACCACGGCCCUUCAAAGUUGUCACACCUGCGGUUUACAGCUACAAUACACCCGCGCCAACGAAAUACAAGAGUUACAGUGCCACGCCGUCAAAAGAUUACUUAAAGACUGUUACUACAGAAUUACCUUACAAAAACAAGGGAAAGAGCUACAACUACCACUACGGUGUUGGUUCCGUCUAUCAUGGCACUAAUUACAGACACCAGGAACGCAGUGAUGGUGACACUGUUCAUGGAGAGUAUCGUGUUCAGCUCCCUGAUGGACGUGUUCAAGUGGUAAAAUACACAGCAGAUCACAAGAAUGGCUUUGUGCCCAUAAUUACAUAUGAAGGACCACAAACAGCCCAGGCAGCAAAUAUUCAUUUUCAACCACCUAAGCCAACUAAGAUCUGGUAAAGGACACCAAUGCAUAUUAAUGAAUCUUUUGUAUUUAUGUAUUUGUAUAUAUCAGGAUCACUAUAGAGCUGAAUCUCAGUUUUGAUAUAAAACUGUAAUAGUAACACCUUGAUUAUCUCAUAAUAUUCUUUAUAUUCUUUUAGAUUUUGCAGUAUGUCAGAAUGUGUCAAAUGCAGUUUUACAUCUAUCACUGUCAUUCUUUUCCUAUAAAAGCCUGUUAUUUAUAUAGAUAAGCAUUACUUUUUGUUGUUUAGAAUUAAUGUACAUAUUUUCUCGUGUUCUCUAAAAUAUAAGGUGUAUAUAAUUGUUGAAUUUGUUCUUAUAUUCAUAUUUAUGCAUUCACAUUUUUAACUUUUAACUUGCAAACUUUAAAAGAUUUUUAAAAAUAGGAAUAUUGUAAAUUAAAUGAAAUAUCUCAUUGCUUGUAUACCUGAUAUUCAUAUUUUACUGUAUUGUAUUGUCUCAUGGUUUUUGUCAAUUUAUUUCCAUGAUCAGUGUCAAAAAAACAAAGAAUUCCUUUUGAUCAAAUGAGCACAGUUUUGAAAUGCUAUAUGCCUCUUGACAGCAAUGUUAUCAUGUGCCACUUAUAAACCAAUAACAUUGCCUGUGCUUCUUAAUAAUUUAUAAAUAAUCACCUUUAAAAAGACUUGGGUUCUUAACAAUAUAACCAUGACUACAUUUAUGCAAGGCAGGCAUUUUGCAAUUAACAGACUGAAAAGCUCUUUACUGUAGGGUUUCGUAAACAGAAUUCUAAUAUUUAUUUUCAACAGGAGCACAAAUAGGGGCAUGGCCAUUAAUUUCCCAUAGUUUUACACAACUGAUGUAUUAAAUUAUUACAUAAAAACUGUGUUACAUGGUAAAUAAAAAACAAAUUAUA